CCCCCACUGCAGACCCCCAGGCUGUGGCGGCGGUCCCGUUCCGCCAGGAAACCGCCGCCUGGAGCUGUGGGUCGCGCACAUUAACGCAUCCAGCGGCAAAAUGAAGGAGACCCAAAUUCAAAGUUAGAGCAAUGGUGACCCGAGGGGUGCCUUGGUGAGAUUUGGGGUCCCGGUUACUGAUGGUUAACAUUCUUACGAGAUACUGGUCACCUACGAAGCGAGAAAGGCAUGAGGAGCGCCUGACGAAAGUGGUUUUGCCCUGCUUCCCACAACAGGUGCCACCCACGGCUGGAACGCAGGAGUCAGGUCCACCGUCCCCAGCUCUGCACGCCCGCAGCGGGCCCUCGAGGAGGUUCAGGGCGGUGCCCGCGGCGCUCGGGCCGGGUCUCCCGGGGCGUGGGGCUGGGGGCGGAGCUGGGCGGCGGCCGGGGCUCCUCCCUCCUCUGCUCCGGCUCCCCUGCUCUUAACCCGCGCGCGGGGGCGCCCAGGCCACUGGGCUCCGCGGAGCAAGCGAGAGGUCUGCGCGCAGUCUGAGCGGCGCGCGUCCAGUCCCGAGGCCCACGCCAGCACGCCCUCAUGGCCCCCGCAGCGGCGUCGGGGGGCAGCACCCUGCCCAGCGGCUUCUCGGUCUUCACCACCUUCCCCGACUUGCUCUUCAUCUUUGAGUUUAUCUUCGGGGGCCUGGUGUGGAUCCUGGUGGCCUCCUCCCUGGUGCCCUGGCCCCUGGUCCAGGGCUGGGUGAUGUUCGUAUCUGUGUUCUGCUUCGUGGCCACCACCACCUUGAUCAUCCUGUACCUAAUUGGAGCCCACGGUGGAGAGACUUCCUGGGUCACCUUGGACGCAGCCUACCACUGUACCGCUGCCCUCUUUUAUCUCAGCGCCUCGGUCCUGGAGGCCCUGGCCACCAUCACGAUGCAAGACGGCUUCACCUACAGGCACUACCACGAAAACAUUGCUGCCGUGGUGUUCUCCUACGUAGCCACUCUGCUCUACGUGGUCCACGCCGUGUUCUCUCUAAUCAGAUGGAAGUCUUCGUAAAGCCGCACAGAACUUGAGCUGAAAACCCAGAUGGUGUUAACUGGCCGCUCCACCUUCCGGCAUUACUUUUUAGAAAACAGAAAUGCCCUGGAUGGUGGAAAAAAAGAAAACAACCCCUCACCCCCGCCCCCAACAACAACAAAAAAAAGCCCUGCCCUAUUGCUUGUGGGUGCUGCGUUUACUCUCCCGUGUGCCUUCGCGUCCGGGGCGGGAGCUCGCUGCGUCUAACCUCCGCUGCGCUGUCUGCUAGGGUCACCUCCUGUCUGUGAAAGGGGAACUUCUUGUUUGGGGGUGGGAGGUGGGGACCUGACCUGAGAAGGAAACACAGAUCCCCUGCUGACCCCUGGACCAGCUCUCGAGAACUACCUGCUGGAAUUUUCCACAGGCUCUCCUGAGCGUCCCCUCCUGUGGCAUGUUUUAAGUCUUCACGGAUGUUCUGUGUGUCAUGGGGACUAAAAUUCACCCCACAGAUCUUUCCAGAGGUCCAAGGUGGAAGAUGGUAACCCUGUGAAAUACUUUAUAAAGUGUCUUUAUGUUCA